GAGCACAGGGCGUGGAAAGUUCACACUUGUUUUCAAAGGAGAGCAAAGAAGGGUUUUGUUGUUUUUCUUGUUUCAUUGGCGAUACGUGAAGAAGGAAGGACGAAGAAUGAGGAAAGCAUAUUUUUUGGUAUUAUUCCUCCUGAGCAUGGCUGUAGAGGGAAGAGGUGCUGCAGGGAAAGUAAAGGACUCUGCAGAGACUCCCAAGCUUGUCAAGGCAAGCAAAGUCAAAGAAACCGACACCAUUCCUGAAAAAAGCGGCUCUUCUUCAGGRUUUCUAGGUAACCUGCUGGUGGUGCCUAUGGAUGGGAGUCACUGGGUGGGCAUAAAAGCCAUCGCACAAGAAAUGGGUCGGCGUGGACACAGGGUCACCGUGGUGAUUCCGGAGAUCAACAUACGGAUGGGUCCGGGGAAAUACUAUGACACGAUCACCUAUCCUGUUCCCUACGACCGGGACUACAUGAAUUUUGUGAUGAACUCGCACAAGGACAUCUUGGAGAAAUCGGCGCAGCCUUUUAUAGAGAAGAUGAAGAAGCUAUUCAGUCAGAUCCAGAAAAUUACAAACGCUCUUCACACCACGGCAGAGAGUCUUCUGUUCAACGCCAGCCUCAUUUCUCAUCUGGCACAGCAGAACUUCGAUGCAGUCCUGACUGACCCAAUGGUUCCAACAGGCUUGAUCGUUGCUCACAAAUUAGGUAUCCCCACCAUUAACUUACUGCGGGGRGUUCCCUGCUCUCUGGAUAUGAAGGCUACMGGCUGUCCCUCCCCACCUUCCUUUGUGCCUCGAUUCUUCACCGGAUACACAGACAGGAUGAACUUCAAGCAGCGCGUCAUUAACACUUUGGUGGCGUUACUGGAGCCGUUGUUUUGCAGRCUGAUGUUCUGGCACUUUGACCAAAUAGCCUAUGACUUCCUGGAAGAGAAGGUGAGCGUGGCAGAGCUUUUUGCCGAGUCCGCUAUCUGGCUGCUCAGGAUUGACUUUACACUGGAGUUUCCCCGCCCUCUCAUGCCCAACGUUGUCCUGGUCGGUGGGAUCAAUUGUAAAGUGAGGARCCCUCUUCCUGAAGAUUUGGCGUCGUGGUUAUCAGGCGAGCAUGGGUUUGUGGUGUUCACUCUGGGCACCAUGGUUUCAGAGCUGCCAGAUUACAUCACUUCUACCUUCCUGGAUGCCUUCAGCCARAUUCCUCAGAAGGUGAUAUGGAGGUACACUGGCAAGUUUACAUCCAGAAUCCCAGACAAUGUGAAGAUAAUGAAAUGGGUGCCUCAGAACGACCUGUUAGCUCAUCCUGGAGUUCGGGCUUUCAUCACUCACGCCGGCUCACACGGAACAUUUGAGGGCUUGUGUCACGGUGUUCCCAUGGUUUUGGUACCACUGGCCGCAGAGCAGCCCGACAACGCACAGAAGAUAGCGAGCAGAGGAGCCGGAAUCGUACUGGAUAUCACCUCUGUCACCACAGAAACCCUGCUGAAGGGGCUGAACGAGGUCAUCAACGACCCCAGGUACAAAGAGAACAUCCAGAAGCUUUCGGCUCUUCACACCGACCGGCCGAUCGACCCUCUGGAUCUGUCAGUGUUCUGGACUGAAUUUGUCAUGCAACAUAAAGGAGCGAARCACCUCAGACCUGCUUUCCAUGACCUGUACUGGUUCCAGUACCACAGCCUGGACGUCAUKGCCGUACUAGCUACAGUGCUGCUGGUUUUUGUGGCACUGACAUUUAAAUGUCUGAAGCUCUGCCUCAGGAAACUGAGCAGGAAGAAGAAGCAAGAGUAGUUGGUGUUGCAAAUUCUCCG